UGCAGUGCAUUUAGAAAUGGAAUAAUUACUGAUUUAAUAUGGCAGCUGAAAACCUCAGGAAAGUCAAGAUCCUGGUUCUAGGAGACACAGGUGUCGGCAAGACGAGUCUAGUUCACCUCAUUUGUCAUGGAGAGGUCUUGUCAAGUCUAUCCUGGACCAUUGGUUGCAGUGUGGAUGUCAAGCUCCAUGAUUUUGGGCCGAGUACAUCCACGUCUUCUAGCUACUUCCUAGAGCUGUGGGAUGUUGGGGGAAGCCCCUCUCACAAACGAGGUCGUCAGAUAUUCUACCAAAAUGCGAACGGUCUUAUUCUGGUUCAUGAUUUAACCAAUCGAAAGUCUCACAGUCAUUUGUCGAAAUGGCUCAACGAGUUCCACCAGUCCCAAUCCCGUUCUGGCAAGCCAUUCAAUCUCGAUACCACACUCAGCCUGGAUCCCGAGUUGUUUGCUGAUCAAGAGAUACCUGUUCUAAUUGUGGGAACGAAGAAGGAUUUGGUAAAGAUCUCCUCUGGUAAGCCGUCCACAGGUUCCAGUCUAACAGGAGCUGCUUGUGUCAAUGUGGAUUGUACUGAUGUGAGACAGUUCUCAGUGGAUUCACAAGAGAAUGUACAACUCAACAAGUUCUUUGAUAAGGUGUUGGAGAGAAGGUUUCUGUCAUCAACGCCAUCGCCCAGUAUUCCAGGCUACUCGUAGAGUGUUCCCAGCAGCUCCGAGCGACACAGGACAAUCGUCAAAUCUAGCAGAACUGCCACGAACCCACCAUAAUCACUCUCUCACUGUCAUUGUCACUGUACAUGUACAUAUAUAAAUAUAUAUGAAAUAUUCAUUGUAUUAUAUGAAUUGUGCAUUUCAA